GUCACGGAGACACGAUUCAUGCCUCCCCAUUAAAGCCGAAUAUUGGGUAAAAGGCAUACGAUACCAUUAAGGAAAACAAAGGCGAAAAUCAAUUAAUUAACCAAUUCACUAUAUUCCGUACCUAAUCAAUAAUUGACCCAUUUUAUUUGUUGAUGCCACUUCGGACUUUCUCGUAACCCUCAACAACUUUUGCCAACCAAAAACUCCUACGCCCAGCCAUUAAAUCCAUUCCUUCCCGAACUUUUCCAACUUCCGCGAAUACCGACCCACGAUACGAGACGGAAUACUUCAACAGUAAACGCCGACAUGUCGGAAGCAUACGAGCGCGAGCGCCAGAACAAUGCGCGACUAGAAGAGCUAUCCGCAAAGGUGUCGUCGCUACGCGGCGUGACAGUAGAUAUCUACGAUAACGCAAGAGCGCAAGAUGUCAUCGAUUCUACCUCCGAUACAUUCUCGUCCAUGUCGACGCAAUUAAAAGGGUCCGCCGGUCGAUUAGGUCGCAUGGCAGCCUCAGGGAACAAAAUCGCCAUUCUAAAACUUUCGGGUAUUAUCAUCGGCACAUUUUUAGUCAUAUACUACAUCCUACGAUGGAUUUUCUAAACCGAUUCCGACCCCAUAACCACACCUACGAAUAUGAAACAUACCCGCUAGCUCAAAGCCAACCAACCCUCAUUGGCGCGGACUAGAUAGCCACAAAUGGUUCGACGAUAGCUUCCCGGGUGAAUAUGGCAUGGAAUUAUUCACACCGACAUCUGGGCGGUCUUAGGAUUGUGAGAGCGACUACUAAACCUGUAUUGCUUGGUAUAUACCACAUUAUUUGGGGGGGGGGGGGCAAGCAUUGGUCGAUGUUGCAUUGCUUUGGGG